AUGGCCUCGAAGUUUGUGCAUGCUACGGUACGCCAUGCACGGCCGCAAAUACGAAUGCUUGUUUCCAAGCCCGCGACCGCCACGAUUGCCUUACGAUUCAUGUCCUCUUCCUUCGACCCUCAUCCAUCGCCCCUGCGGCUGCCUGCCAAAGAGCAGGCUGAGUUCGAGCGACUACUGCGCGAGGCAUCCGAGUCUGUCGCUGCAGCUGAGCUGGCAGAUGCCGUGCGGGCAGCCAACGAAAAGGCUGCGGCCACUGCCGCGGCGGGGAGCACCGUCCAGACCCAAACCGCACCUCUCACUGCUGUUGCACCUGGCACUAUUCCCGAAGGGACAAGCGGAAACCCGGUCGAGGGUGUCUGGCGCGGCGCGGCGCCUGAGUUUGAUGGCGAUCGCAACCCAUUGACAGGAGAGGUAGGCGGCCCCAAAACCGAGCCAUUGCGAUGGGGCAGUAACGGCGACUGGAGCUUCAAUGGGCGGGUGACCGAUUUCUAG